UACCAGGGGCAGUGGACAGGAGGGAUGCGACAUGGAUACGGUGUUCGUCAGAGUGUACCCUAUGGCAUGGCGACUGUGAUCCGUUCCCCGCUCCGCACGUCUCUAGCCUCGCUUCGGAGCGAGCAGAGCAAUGGCACCGUCCUGCACGACAUCACUGCAGACAGCCCCGCUGGAACAAGAGGAGGUUUUGUGCUGAAUUUUCACAGUGAUGCAGAAGCCAUGGGCAUUAAGAAAAAAGGAGGCUUGUUCAGAAGAGGAUCCCUUCUUGGUAGUAUAAAACUUAGAAAAUCUGAAUCUAGAUCAUCAAUAUCUAGCAAACGGAGCUCUGUCAGGAGUGAUGCUGCUAUGAGCAGGAUUAGUUCUAGUGAUGCCAACUCUACAAUUAGCUUUGGAGAUGGUGACUGUGAUUACUGCCCUGUGGAAGACCAUGUUGAUGCCACCACCACAGAAGCCUAUAUGGGUGAAUGGAAGAAUGACAAGCGCAGUGGUUUUGGUAUUAGUGAGCGUUCAAAUGGUAUGAAAUAUGAAGGAGAAUGGCUGAAUAACAGGAGGCAUGGAUAUGGAUGUACCAUGUUUCCGGAUGGCACCAAAGAAGAGGGAAAAUAUAAAAAUAAUGUUUUGGUCCGUGGAAUAAGAAAGCAACUUAUACCAAUACGAAACACAAAAACUAGAGAAAAGGUGGACAGAGCAAUAGAGGGAGCACAGCGAGCAGCUGCCAUGGCAAGAACCAAAGUGGAAAUUGCAACUUCAAGAACUGCACAUGCAAGAGCUAAAGCUGACGCUGCGGAUCAGGCUGCUCAGUCUGCUCGCCAGGAAUGUGAUAUUGCAAGAGCGGUAGCCAGAGAACUUUCACCAAACUUCUACCAACCAGGCCCUGAUUAUAUCAAACAAAAAUUUCAAGAGGGAGUGGAGAUGAAAGAAAAAUCUGAAGAAAAAGUUCAGGAAAAGCCACCUACCCCAAAAGAGUCACCUCACUUUUAUCGAAAAGGUACUACACCGCCCGGGACCCCAGAAGCAAGCCCAAGGCAUAGUCCUCCUCUUUCUUCUGAGCCUUCCCCCUCCAAACAGCUGAAAAGGCAAAGCUCCACCUCUGGGGCAAGACUCAGUCAAGAAAAAAAGCUUUUAGCCACUGAGAAUAUAACACCCACGGUUAACAAGCCUUUAUAUUCAAAAGCACCGGUGAAGGAGGAAAUAGCUGUGAAACAUCAGCCAAAGUUUUCAGCCCAUCACAAUCCCAUCAGCACUGAGAAUGGGGAGCUGCAUGAUCACUACCAUGGUUAUUAUGUAAAAGUGAAUCCAACAGUGCUUCCACAGGAGCUCAGGGAAGAAGACGAGUAUGUCAAUCCGUCACCAUUAGCACUCGCACGGUUACCGCCCGCACAGAAGCCAAGUCCUGCCAGAUCUGGGGGUAAGCCAGACGCCAAAGAAAACAAACCUGACACAAAAAUUAAGAAACCAGAAUAUGCUGCACCAAAGAAUCCAGCUAAUAAUGAGUCUCAUUCACCAGUGGAAAACAAAGUGGAAAACAGCUCGGGCUCUAACUCAGUCAUGAUUGCCCUGGUAAUGCUGUUGAAUAUUGGUCUAGCCAUUCUUUUUGUCCAUUUUCUAACUUGAUUGGAAUUAGGAAAGAAGUAUGUUGAGAAUCCUGUGUUUUGACCAGUGUGGAUAAAGAAGAAAGCAGAAAGAGAGCAAAUGAAAAUAAAACCUGUAUAUUUAUUUUUUAAAAAAAUAACAUUGUGUUUUAAAUUUAGGAAAGUGAUUUUUAAAUAAGAAAAAAAAAUUAAAAGUUACUGUGUAAGCCUUGACAUAAUGGACAAAAUGUUCGAUCCAACACUGAAAUCACCCCCCUUUCUCCCUACGGGGAGGGAUAAUUUUGUAACUAACUGACAUAUUUAAUUCCUAUUAAAUGUUUAUUUAAAAUACUUUAUGCUCUGGAAAUAAUGGGUAACAAAGCUUAUGAAAAUAUUUAUAAAUUUAAGUAAGCAUGUUAGUACCAUUUAUAAAUAUGUAUGAUUUAUAAGCUUUUUUAAAACAAAGCUCAAACAAAUUGUUGGUAUUUUUCUAAAAUGUGCACAGCUGUAUUUUACAUGAAAGGCUAUUUAUAAUUGGUUGUUAUACUGUACACUACAUUUUGGACAGCACAACAAAGCCUGCCAAUGUACUUAAUUUUAAUGUCAUUUUGUCUAUUUAAAGUUUCUUGCUGUCAAAGAAUGAACUCUUUAUCUAUAAGUUUCUCUAUUUAUAAUUCUCAAACCCAAAAUGUAUAAUGUACAGUUUUCACAACUGUAUUUGCUCUAAUAAAAUUAAGUUGGUUAUUAA